AUGGGCAUCACCGAGCAGUCCACGAUCGUCCACGACAACAGUAAAGAACAACAGCUGCACGAGCAUGAAGAAGUCGAAGGAGAAGAUGGGUUUGCAGCGAAGAGCUGGACCCGACGCUACAUUGCCAUUGGGGCACUCUGCUAUGUGUACUGCGUGUCGUUGGGUCCGUAUAUGAUGCUGGCACCCAUCAUUACCAUCAUCAAUCAAGACCUCGGACCCGAUCCCGGAUUUGCAUGGAUAGCUUCUGGGUGGACCGUCGCAGCUGCUGUCGGACUUUUGCUGGUUAGCACCGUCUCGGAUCUGGUCGGCCGGAGAUGGGUUGCCGUCAGCACGACCGUCCUGGCCAUCAUAUCCGCCAUACUGGGAAUCACCGCACAAACCAUUGGGCAAGUCAUCGCCGCCAAUGUCAUGCUCGGUUUGAAUCAGGCUGGAGCUCUCACUGGCUUUGCUGGAAUCGCUGAACUGGUCCCAACCAGGGCUCGCGGAAUCGCUAUCGGGUUUGCCAACCUCACGGUCGGGGUCUGGUCCAUAUGCGGCUCUCUCUUCGGACACGAGUUUGCCACACAUACCGGUCCCGGCUGGAGGAGCAUUUACUGGCUGCAACUGGCGACAAAUAUCGUCGGCUUGGUCGCCGUCUUUUUCUCCUACUAUCCAGCCAAGCCCCUGCUAGCUGCGCACCAGUCCAGACGCAACAUUAUCCGCACGUUUGAUUAUGUCGGCGCCCUUGGAAUCAUUGCUGGUCCCACUUUGAUGCUCGUGGGGAUCAUCAAUGUCUCGCAAUACUCUCCUUCCAGUGGUCGAUUCCUAGGUCCUUUCAUCGCGGGCGUGGUGGUCUGCAUUGCCCUCGGAGUCUGGGAAGCUUACGGAACCAAGAAUCCCCUUCUCCAUCCAUUCCUGUUCGCACGAUUCCGCACCUUCAGCCUGAUCUGUAUCGUGACCUUUUUGAGUGGUGGCCUCUUCUUCUACGGCUUCCAGGCACUCUUUCCACAAUUCUUGGUUCUGGUCUUUGGAAACGAUGCCCGGCAGACUGGGAUCGAUGGAAUUCCUCUCGGAGCAGGAACGUGGGUCGGUGGAGUGUCUAGUCUUUUCCUGCUCAAGCCUGUUGCUCGUCGCAUUGGCACUACACCCAUCUUGGCCUCUGGAGCAUUUGCCACUGCCCUGUUUGUGCCCCUCCUGGCUCUCGUGGAUGGCUCUUCAAAGCGCAUGGUGUAUGGAUUCACGUGUUUUGCAGGUUUCGGGACGGGUAUCGUUGAUGCGUAUACACUUCCUUUGAUCACUCUGACGGCACCAGACGAGCUCAUCGGCCUUGCCAUCGGCACCGUUGGGUUCAUGCGCAGUAUUGGCGGAGCAGCGGGGAUCUCGGUCUUCUCGUCCAUUUUGUCCAGUAAAGCCGCCACUCUGAUCCCUGCUCGAGUUGUUCCAGCUGCACUACAGGCCGGCCUUCCAGAGACAUCCCUGGCCGAAUUUAUGGGUGUCCUCACGGGGGCCACACCAGGUGUCGAGAUAACGGACAUAUCUGGCGUCACCACUGAGAUUGUCCAGAUUGCAUCAGCGGCCUUGCGUGACGCCUACCUCGCAGCCUUCAAAUAUAUCUGGUACUCUGGAAUCGCCUUCUCCGUGUCAGCAUUUCUCAUGUCUCUUUUCAUCCGAGACCUCUCGGCUCACUUGACCGGCAAGACACCGCAGCACCUGAAACAGGAAGAGAUUGCCUCUUCCUCGGAUCAUCUGGAGGAGGUAAAAGCAGUCGUCAUUGAGAACGAGUGUCCCAAGGAGAGUGACCCUCAGAUAAGUUGA